UUUUACUGUUUCAGGUUUCUCGUGGAGCUAGGUUGUGAUGUGAACGCGCAGGAUUCAGAUGGAUGGACGCCAUUGCACUGCGCGGCAUCUUGUAACAACCUGCCGAUGGUGCGCUUCCUCGUCGACAACGGUGCGUGCAUAUUUGCAACGACGCUGUCCGACCACGAGACGGCGGCCGAGAAGUGUGAGGAGGACGAGGAAGGCUUCGACGGCUGUUCGGAAUACCUAUACAGUGUUCAAGAGAAGCUCGGUAUAAUGAACAACGGGCUAGUAUAUGGCGUGUUUUCGUACACGGCGGCGCGGCCGGACGAGCUCUCGUUCGAGACGGGCGCGCGGCUGCAGGUGCUGCGCAAGGGCGACGACAGCGAGCGCGAGUGGUGGUGGUGCCGCGACGACACCGGCCGCGAGGGAUACGUGCCCAGGAACCUGCUGGGGUUAUACCCAAGAGUAACCCCGCAGCAGGAUUGAAGGAACAAUGAAGCUUAAACAAUAUUAUGACCUGAUAUCAUGUACAGUUCUCUAAUUUUUAAACUAUUUAUAUAAUUGUAAUCUAUAAAAAUACUGUAUCUAUACAAUUUUAUCAGAUCUAAUAUUUUGUACAUAUUUAACAUAGUUCAAAACGAAUGAGAUUAUGUUGUACAUUUUAUAAAUAUAUGAGUCAUCAUUUAAAUUGAUCGUGGAAAUUUGUAUAUUGUUCUUAGGAUGCUGCAAAUAUUGUGAGAUAUUAUACAUAAAUUGACAAUACAAAUAUGAAGAAAACAA